AUGGCGCCAUCGGGGACUGCAGAUCCGAGGGUGACGCCAGUAAUGUCUCUGAUAGCAGGCGGCACAGCAGGCGGCAUAGAAUCUUUUCUGACCUACCCAUUCGAGUUUGCCAAAACUCGUGUGCAGCUGAGAGCAGAACGCGGGAUACCCACGCCGCGCAAUCCUUUUGUCGUUGUUGGUCAAGUCAUCCAGAAGGAAGGUGCACGUGCUCUCUACCUGGGAUGCUCGACUCUUGUCAUUGGCACCAUCGGUAAAGAUGCCAUUCGAUUCAUGAGUUUCGACGCGAUAAAACGAGGCUUUGCAGAUCCAGAGACAGGCUCUCUGAGUGCUUUGAGAAGCUUAGGCGCUGGGAUGAGCGCAGGUGUGGUAGCGAGCACAUUUGCCGUCACACCCACAGAACGAGUAAAAACUGCUUUGAUCGACGAUGCAAGGAAUACUUCUGCUGCUGGCAAGUCCAUCUCAGAACGUCAAUUUCGAGGUGCAUGGCAUGCGACAAAAACCUUGGUCAAGGAGCAUGGCAUGUACGGCCUAUAUCGUGGCUACGUGACUACAACGCUUAAACAGGCAGGAACGACAUCUGUGCGCAUGGGCACAUACAACAUUCUCAAGGAAUACACUCAGAAAUACGACAUACCGCAGAACACCGCGACGAGUUUCGGCAAUGGUGCGGUCGCUGGAAUUAUAACCACUUAUGCAACACAGCCGAUCGAUACGGUCAAAACACGAGCACAAUCCGCAAAAGGUGCUGGUACUGUAGAAGCUUUCAAAGGUGUGAUAGAGGAUUAUGGUGUGAAAGGCCUGUGGAAGGGUAGCACGAUGAGAUUGGGCCGAACAGUUUUUGCUGGCGGAAUUCUGUUCACAGCAUACGAGCAAGUCAUUGCGGUGCUGAUGCCAGUAAUGGGAAGGAACGAUACUAGUCUCGAGAAUAAAGCCGCCACGCAAUAA